AUGCUUAAAUUAACAUUUUUUCUUUUGAUUCUGAAUCUAGCAACACACUUUUGCGACUCUUACCAGUUUAAUGUAUCAGACAAUUAUGACCACAUGUUAGUAAUAUCUACUGAAGAUCCCAGAUUCAGCACAGUGCGUGGGCUGAACAGGUCCACUAUAGAUUAUUCCAAAUACAAGAAAGUUAUUAAUUGGUCAGGAGUUUAUGAUAUGGUUGAUUUUGGUUCUUCUGUUGAGUUCACAAACGGAACAAUCAAGUCGUGCAAUAAUAGUAGGUCAACCCGUGACGAGAAAGCAGCAGGUAUCGUAAGAUUGAUAGAUCCAGACUAUAGUGCCUUCCGCGGUGUAGGUAAUGAGUCAGUCACUUAUAAAUUUUUUGACCAUGGUAGCAGCUAUAAUAAUGAUAACUAUCAUAUAAUUCAUUGGUCAGAUAAGAUACAAUCAUAUCUUAAAAGCGUCAGAAAGUUCUAUGAGACUUACGUGUCCCUUUUAAUCAAUAGUAUCAGCGAUUUCAUAUCUAUGUCAUUCCCCAUCGCAUCUGACAUGCUUAGCAAAUCUGCUAAAAAGGAAUGUGGUAGUAGUACCCAGUGGUAUAGAACUUACAAUAGUGCAGGAACUCAAGUUACAUAUUUAGUUGCCAUUUCCAAAUGGACAACAGGUAAGAACUGUGAUACUCAAGCUACAAAUGAAACGAUUGUUGAUGGAUUAGAAGAAAUGCUACAACAGGCAGAUAACGAGCACCUGGCCUCUUGGUGUUCCAGUUUUAACAAUGGUGAAACAUGGAAAACUGAUGUCAGAUUUUUGUUGUGCUUAGAAACCCAUUUUAGUGGUCAAAGUAUUUGGGAUAUUCCGUGCGCUGACUAG